UGUGUCGCCAAACGUUAAGUGAGAGUUGGGUGAAACAGCUUGCUCGGUAUAUAGCAGGUCGCGUUUUAUAGAAAAAAACAUGUUUCCGUGUUGAAUCGGACAAAACAAAACGCCUUGAUGUUGACCUGGCAAAUAUAAAAGGAACGGGGGGGGAUCGUCAAGCUCAAGAAAAGGAUCCAUGGCAAAGUGGCUGAAGGACUACCUAAAUUUUGGCAGCCGGCGCGACCCUCCACAGCCCCCAAGGCCAGAUUAUACUGAAAGUGAGAUUCUGAGGGCGUACAGAGCACAGAAAGAGCUGGAUUUUGAGGACCCAUAUCAGAUUACGGAUAAACGGCUCCAUAAUGGCAGUUAUGGCUCUUGUAGCGCAACUGUGAGCCUGCCCUCUUUCCCUGCAUUUGGUUCAGUGCUGCCUAAUGGUUUGGAGGUAAAAGUUGUGUCUCCUAAACACAGACUCAUUAAGGUUGAUUCUCAGGAGUUUGGGCGCUGUAAAAUUCCUGUAAACCCAGUGACCGUUCAAGAGGAACCUGUGGUUCCCUCUGCCCCAGCAGCAAGUGAUUCAGACACUGACUACUCUGAUCCAUUUGAUGCCCGUCCAAACCCAAGGAUCAGACAAGACUGGGAGCCCAAAUCUGUACCACCAGACUGCAGCUACAUGGAGCCAUUCGAGGCCCAGCGAAUCAUAUCAGAGCUCCAGCAUAACACAGUGAGUAACAGGGCUGGGAUUAGAGAUGGGGGCCAGCUUUAUGACAACCCUUAUGAGGAGCAGACUCGCUACUCUCAGCGGGAAGCUCCAUUUCUACAGCAGCAGCCUCAGGGAAUCGAUAGUGGAUUUUCCCAGGGAGACAGCAGGGAGAGCAGGCUGCCACAGGAUGACGAGAGGCCAGCUGAUGAAUACGACCAGCCGUGGGAGUGGAAAAAGGAUGACAUCUCUAAAGCUCUUGCAGUUCAGUUCGAGGGGGUUGAGAGGGAACGCUCAAGAGGCCAGACAGAACAGAACAGGCUUGCCAGGACCAGUCCCACAUCCACCUCAGCUGCAGGGGGCUCAGCCACUCUCCGUAUGGUCAGUGACACCCCUCCUCUCCUGGGGGAGAGAGUGGACCCAUCUCUACCGCUAGAGAGACAAGUGUGGUACCACGGAGCCUUGAGCCGCUCCGAGGCUGAGAGUCUUCUGACACUGUGCAAGGAGAGCUCCUACUUGGUGAGAAACAGCCAGACCUGCAGAAACGACUACUCUCUCUCCAUCAGGAGCUGUAAGGGGUUUAUGCAUAUGAAGUUCGCCAAGUCUGCCGAUGGACGUUAUGUUCUUGGGGAGAACAGCCCCCCAUUCUUCACCAUUCCCGAGGUCAUUCACUACUAUACCACCCACCAGCUGCCUAUCCGAGGAGCUGAGCACAUGUCCUUACUGUACCCAGUCAUAGUGCAGACACUCUGACACAUGCACACACACACACACACACUCAAACACAGACCCUCUCUUGGUGCUACUGAAUAUAUAGUCGCUGCCAGCCAAUCUUUUCCUUUUUGCUCCCUCACUUUUCCAACUCACCCAGCUUCAUUUCAUCUCAGCUAUAUCCAUGAGAGCAGAGCGUUUGGCACCAUCUCUCCUUUUCUAUUACCUUAACCACACUGGUGGCUCAAUUAGAGCACUCGCUGCAUCAAGAACUUAGGUCUGUGAACUGGUAUUGUCACUGAAUACCCUUUUUUAUUGUAUUACCUUUGGACCCUGAAGAUUGGCCAUCAAUGGAGGUCAUUAUUGGUAGGCAAAUAUUUUUAAACCAAGGAUGGUUUUUGGCCGUAGAAGACAAAUUAAACUCUACUCUUUCAGACUGUUAUCUGCAGACAUGGGAAUAAGUAUUGUGGAGAUUUGCCUCAAGUACUGUAGUGUCACUAGAGUGUUACUGUGUCACUGAUGCAGACCAAACACUACAUUUUGACCCCCUAACUAUGUAUUGCCAAUACUUUUCUCUGGCUUUUUUUUUU